AUGGAUGCUCUGAAAGAUUUAACAAGGAAAACUAAACCAAAUGUGUGUCUGAUACAAGAAACUCACAUGAUGAAAAUGAAUAAUUGGUGGGUUAAGAAUAUAUGGGGAAAUGACCAAUUUAAAUGGAAGGACAUACCAUCUCAAGGUCUCUCAGGGGGUCUUCUUACUAAAUGGGAUGACACACUCUUUGAAUGCAUAGAUGAAGCAGUAGGGCCUAACACAUUAUCUCAAAAGCUAAAAAGCAAAACUGAAGAUUAUGAAUGGUGCAUUACAAACGUUUAUUCUCCUUGCACUUACUGGGAAAGCUGGGAGUUCUGGGUAGAAUUAGAAGACUUAACUGGAUGGGCCACUGAACAUUGGGUGAUUGCAGGUGAUUUUAAUGCAAUAAGAAGGAGAAGAGCAAGAAACAAGCCAGGAGAGUCAAGAAGAAACAACAGAUUAUUCAAUGAAUUCAUGGAGGUACAUACUCUAAUAGAUUUACCAUUAAAUGGAAGGUUAUACACAUGGUCUAAUAUGCAACCUGAUCCAUUACUAUGUAGAUUAGAUAGAAUUCUGGUUUUCCCUCAUUUUGAAAAUUUCUUAUCUAAUCUGCACAUAUGGUGGAAUGCUUUGAGUUACGCUGGAACUGCAAGCUACAUAAUGUCUAAGAAAUUGCAAAACUUAAAGUUUUUUCUCAAAAGAUGGAGCAGGGAGACUUAUGGACAAGUAGCGGCAAAGAAAGAAGAACUGACAAGACAAAUUGAUGCACAUAAUAAAAGGGAGGAAACUGGAGCUUUAACUGAACAACAAUUCAGUGAAAGAGCGGAAUAG